AUGGAAAUCCCUUCUAAAUUUGUUAAACAGUAUGACAUCAGUCUAUCAACUAGAUUCUAUCAAAUUGCAGGAUACUGCGUUUCUAAUCGAGGAAAAUUGCAUAUUUUCGGUGGCUACGAUUUUUUUGGCUAUAUAACUCAAAUUCAUGACAGAAAACAAUUAGAGCAAUUAGAAGGACGCUACUUAUGUUUCGAAAUUGUCCAAGGUAAGCCAAAAACUAAAGUUGAUACAGUUCCAUCAAGUAGAUUUAUCGGAUCAUCAUGCGCAUACAUACCAGAAUUCGAAACAGGAGUCUUAUUUAGUGGCUUUUGUGAAGAUUUUUCACAGGAUUCAUCUCAAGAUUCUUUUCAAUACGCAGAAAAUACCGGAUAUUACGGAAAAUAUUUAAUUAAUUACAAAUUUAACGGAAAGCUAUGCAAAGAUAACAUCGAGAAAUACUGCAUGGAUGCUUAUAAGCCAGCUUCUCGUGCUUUCCAUGCUGUUGCUUGGGAUUCUGACAGAUGCUGCUUAUGGGUCUAUUCAGGUACUAGAAAUAUCAGUUCCAACAAGUCAGAAUGCAUGCCAGAGCUCUGGAAAUGGUGCGCAAUUACGAAUAAGUGGACUUUAAUACCAACAGACAGUCCGAAGUCCAGAUACGGCCAUGCAAUGGUCUACUACAAAGACAGACUCUACAUUUUCGGUGGUUCCGUUAACAGAACUACUCCAUGUAAAAAAGUAGUUGAUAUUAUCGAUUUUUCAAAGAACAGAAUACCGAAAUGGGAGAGAAUAAACUUAGAGAAAUCUCAUAUGCCAUACGGUGCCACCAUGAACGUGGUCAAUAUCGAUGGAGUUGGAACAAGAAUCAUAAUUUCAGGCGGACAACUUGAAGAUAUGAGCGAAUCAUUGACGAAUAACCAGAAUAUAUCUAUUGCUGAUGAUGAAACAGAGUUUAAAGAUCUAGAAAUUACAAUUUUGAAUCCAGAAGAUAAUAAAUCAACAAAAGCAAUCAUUAAAGGCGUCAAUAAUGUUGCAUAUCAUUCAUCAGCAGUCAUGAAUGGCAAAUUAUACCUUAAUUUCGGUUUUAAUCAAGCAAAAAGUGGAGCCAUUUCAUAUUCUCCAAAAAUUAUAGAAAUUGACAUAUCAGGAGCGAUCUUAUCUAUGUUUAAUCCAGAAAUAAAUAGACUUGAACCUUACUUCAGCCCCGAAAAACCUUACAAUGAAGAAAUCAAACCAGUUGUUCAAUUAACUUCAUUGAAGACACAGAUCAGCCAAUUCUGGCGCAGUAUGAAGCAGACACCGUUAGUAGACAUAUUUUUCCAACACCAAACGAAUCCUUCUCCGAUUUCAGAUUUUAUUGUUUUUACAGGCGAAGUUAUGCAGAAUCCGAGGAACUCAUUAAUCAAAUUCUCAGCCGUAUACAUCAUGAAACAAGUUAUGACCCGAAGAAUUGGAAAAUUCAUGAACAAAUUGUAUGAUUUGUCAUUAAACCACAUUUACGACUUCGCCUUGUACUCCUAUACAGGUACAAUCAUUCCAGAGCGAUCCAUCUACACGAACUUCCAAGAUUUCAAACUUUUCUUCGAACUUUGUCUUGAAUUUAAGUAUUACAGGCUAAUUUGGCUCGAAGUCGGCUGCCACAUCUCUGAUCUGAAGCCAUCCCAGAUUAUCGAGAUCUGCGCCACCAGAGAUCCGAACACCCACAAAGCGGCCAUGGAAAAUCCACAACUUUACAUUUUAUUUUACAUUUUCAAUGAAACUUUACGUGUUAAUUUUGACGCCAUGACAACAGCAGAACUAGAAUCUAUUCAGAAUCUUCCUCUUGUUGCGGAAUACAUGACAGACUUCAUUGGAAUGUCUCCAAACGUGAAACCAGUCGAAUUCAAAUUUAUUAUCCCAGAAACGAACGCAUUGAGAGAUCUUAGCGACCUAUUUCCAGACACAAUCAUGCAGAUCAACGGAACUCUCGCUGCUUACUUGGGAGAUUCGAUCAUGCUUGGUGAUACAAACAUAACUGACGAGUUUUCUACAUCUGUCAUUGAUUCCGUCAUCAAAUGCGACAUGAAGAUGAUAAUAGACAGAUCAAACGAUGAAGAAACAAUUAAGAAAAUCAUCCAAUCAAUCCAAUUGAUUAAUUUACUUAAAAAAGUGACAGUUCACUUCAUUUCCAGUUAUUAUUCACCGCACAUGUCCACUAUUCGGAGAUUAGUAUUAAAGAGCGGUAAGAUACAUUCCGCCAUUAUAGAAAUGAUUCCCAAAAUCAAACACGAGCUGUUAUUUGCUUUUUUAGUUCAUGUUUUAGGAAUUGGCGGCGAAUUUGAGUUUUUCACGAAAGACUUGGUGUCUAUUAUCUGCAGAUCGAGUUCGUUGAGGAGAUUAGUUGCAGGAAAUAGAUACGCAGUGAACACAACAGCGAAAAUGAUGUAUCCAAUCCUCGCUUUGAUGUACAUGGGAGAAGAUAACUGUAAAAUAGAGAAUCUUCCGAAAUUUGUCAAUAAAGAUGAUCUUGGAGGAGCUAUUUUGGACGCAGCAAGUCAGAAACCAUGUAUUGUGCCUAGUUUCGUUUUGGAGAAGGCGAAACCUUUAGUUUUGAACUAUUUGAAACAAAACAAAGGUGAUCAUUCUUCUUCUUUCAUUGUUAAACACUUUUGCGGCGCUGUUCAGAUUGGAGUUCUUGAGGACAUGAUUGCAAACCAUCCAACAAACGAAUGGGUAUCGCGUCUGGAACAGGAGAAAAGAAGAGAAAUGGAUGGAAAGGAAUUAAAGGCACUUUUCAUUCAUACUUUCUCUUCAAAAUACUCUAAAUAA